AUGCACCACCUUCGUGACUCCCUGCUGAGCCCUGCACCAAAAGACGCCCCCGAACUCGAUACGAUGGACCGCGCCUUCAAGGACCGCGAGAGCGUCGAGGAAGCCGCCGCACAGGGCGACCUCGAUACUCUGCGCGAUCUUGCCUUGAGAAAUCGCGUUUGGAUCAUCACCGACCGAUACUGCAGCGUCGGAGAUGGUGUGGACUCCCUCGAAGAAGCACUUCAUUCCCUAUGGCACAUCUUCUACCAACUCGGCCGAUAUACGGCUUAUGAAUCCUCCGAACAAGACCGUCUCGUCCUCGACAUCCUCCGCAUCCAGGGGAAAGGGCCCUUGACUAGGCCUGUGUCGGGCGCGUAUGGCAUCGACAUCGCGCGAACCGUCGAAGGCACACUGUGGAAUGACCUUCCCUUCCUGGUGACAGACAUGGCCAACUUCUUCAUCAGCGACUGUUCCUCGAUGUCGGGUGUCAAUCGCCUCAACUUUGCGUCUUUCUUAGCCAAGCUUGCUUCAGCCCGUAUCAGCAAGGACAGGAUGUGUCAGGUGGCACUUGUUCUCUUCCGCGCUACAUUCGAGGAGGGACGAGACCUUCGUACCACCGAUGAGCCGGAUGAUGAAAACCAACGACGAUUGAUGAGGAGCCUCGAUCUAUUCCACUUGUUACCUGCUGCCUUUGCGUGGAUAAAAGAGGCGGGUAGCAAUCUCGUUCGACUCUCGGAUGUCUACUGGAACGAUUGCCCCAGCGUCGUUGGACAGGGAGGCCGGUUGUUUGUCCAGUCGGAGUUCGGUCGACGAUCGCCUACUGGCUUCACGCCGUGGAGAUGGAUGUUCUGGCUCAAGAGACUCCAUGAGAUUCAGGAAGAGACAAAGGAAGCUGGUGAGAAGCGUCUGGGGGAGUAUGCUACAGAUGCCAUCGAGCUUAUGGUUGGGCAUGUGGAGGAGUUGAACUCUGGAAUUCUGAGGGCUUACCGGACCGGAGGUGAUACCCUGCAGCAGGAUAAGCAUCUGAUCUGCCUAAGGAAGUUUCUGAAGACUGAAGCUGCGGAGGGAAAUUACAAUGUCAAUUAG